AUGUUUCGUAGUUCAUUAGGUUUCAAGUGUUCGAACGUAGCCAGUCUCAUCGUUGCUAAAGAUGAUAAGGGGAAGUACGAAACCAUCAAUGACGCGGUUGAGGCAGCUCCUAAUUACAGCAAACUCAUCAUAUUCGUUAAAGAAGGCAUAUAUUAUGAAGUCGUUUGGAUUUCGAGUACAAAGACGAACAUAACGUUAGGCGAGGGUAGAGAUAAAACCAUUAUAACUGGAAGCUUGAACAAAGUAGACAACGUAGACACCUUCAACUCCGCAACACUUGCCGUAGAUGGGGAUGGAUUUAUAGGCCAAGAUAUUUGCAUCCGGAACACAGCCGGUCCGGAAAAGCAUCAGGCUGUGGCUCUCCGUGUGAGCGGUGAUAAUUCGAUUCUAUACCUCUGCGGUAUCGAGGGCUAUCAAGAUACACUUUACGCUGACAACCGUAAGCAGUUCUAUCGCGAGUGCUAUAUCACCGGGAAGGUUGAUUUCAUAUGCGGUGACGCCACAGCUGUAUUCCAGAAAUGUCAUAUUGAGGCAAGGAAGCCACUUCAUGGACAGGAAAACGUGAUCACGGCUCAGAAGCGUGAAAGCCAAGACGAUACCAAUGCUAAUGAUACUAAUGAGACUAAUGCUUAUUUUGUUACAAUUACUUAUAGCCGUAGAUGGAGUUGGGUUUGUAGGCAAAGAUAUUUGCAUCCGAAAACACAGCCGGCCCGGAAAAACAUCAGGCCGUGGCUCUCCGUGUGA